AUGGCGUCGAUUCGCAGACAAAGUGCGUAUACUAAGAAUGCAUACACCUACUACCCUGUCGUCAUUGUCGGCGCAGGAGAGUCGGGAAUUGCUAUGGGAUGCCAGCUAAAGGAGGUCCUUGGAUUCGAUCAGUUCCGCAUAUUUGACCGUCAGUCAGGUAUCGGUGGCACAUGGUGGAUCAACAGAUACCCCGGGGUUGCCUGUGACAUUCCGGCCAUCUGCUAUUCUUUCUCAUUCGCGCAGAACCCGAACUGGACAUCGGCACAUCCACCUGGCUCGGAAAUCGCAGAAUACCUGGCGAAUGUUUGUGCCAAGUAUGAAAUUGUAGACAAAAUCCAGCUCCACACCGAGGUGAGGGAGCUGAGAUGGUUGGAAGAAGAGGAGGAAUGGCAAAUUACCUUGGCUUAUCUCGUACCCGGAGCAGGAGACUGGUCAGAGCUAGACCGUCGAAAUAAAGUCGCCGCGGACGGUGAGAAUAGUAUCUAUAUCGCCACCGAGAUCGUGCGAUCCAAGAUUGCCAUUAGCGCUGUGGGUGGAUUAGUUGAGCCGAAUAUGAUUCCAAAGGACAUUCCCGGGUGGGACGGCUUUGAAGGCGAUAUCAUCCACACGGCUAAAUGGAAAGAGGAUGUGGAUGUGACAGGCAAAGAAGUGGUCGUCCUGGGAUCUGGAGCUAGUGCUGCUCAGGUCGUCUCAGGUCUCGUCAGGGAUCCCUACGAUGUCAAAUCCGUCACGCAAUUGAUGAGAACUCCGCCAUGGGUAAGACCUUUUAAGGACGAUCCAGAAUCUACCAGGCGUUGGAAAAAAUACGCCCCACCCUUGAUGCGAAAUGUACCUGGUCUGAUGCGCAUGGUACGGUUUCUCUUUUUCGUGGUUAUAGAACGCCAGUUCUUUACCACAUUUGCCAACACGGACUACACUCGAAAGCAUCGACCCGGCAUGGAGGAAAUAUCCCGGCAGUAUAUGAGAAAGCUAGCUCCCUCCAAAUAUUUCGAUAUUUUAGAACCAAAUUAUACCCUCGGUUGCAAGCGGCGCGUCAUUGGUGGGGAAUGGUAUAGGAGCUUGCAUCACCCAAAGGUCGAAUUGACCUCUCGCCGCCUCAAAAGCGUCCAGGCCCGAAGCGUCACACUUGGACCCCAGCAAUACCCUCCUCAGGAAGGAAAGGAGACGGCUGACGACGAGGAUGUACAACUGCCCGCUGACGUUAUUGUUCUAGCAAAUGGAUAUCGAACGAAUGAAUGGCUUCAUCCACUCUGCGUUGUGGGAAAAGACGGGCAGAAUCUCCAUGAUUUGUGGGAACAGCGAGGCGGGCCUCAGGCUUAUCUCGGCAUUGCCAUGGACAAAUUCCCCAACUUUUUUAUGAUUUUCGGUCCGAACAUGGCCACUGGCCACACAAGCGUGAUUCUGGCAAGCGAAAACGCAGUCCAAUACAGCUUGAAGUUCAUAAAGCCAAUCCUCGACGGGUCUGUCAGCACCUGGGAGGUGAAAGAAGAAGCCGAAAGAGAAUGGACAGAAAAAGUGCAAAACGAACUCAAGCACACGACCUUUUUGAGCGGCUGCACCAGUUGGUACACGAAAGCAAAUGGUUGGAAUUCAACAGUGUAUCCAUUCUCCCAGGUUGAUUACAUGCUGCGAUCCAUGUUCCCCGUAUGGCGCCACUGGGACGUCAAGCUCACGCCGGAAGAGAUGGCCUCUGAAUCUCCUCAUCCCAACGGUUCUUCUCCACCAGCCACGGUAGCCACGCCCGACGGGGACCCCAAAAGAAAGGCCGAAUCGCAGAGCGGAACACACAUUCGUGCAAAGCGGAAUCGAUACAUCUCAAUCGCAUGUAACGAAUGCAAGCGACGCAAGAUCAAGUGCAAUGGCCAGGUUCCUUGCCAGCGCUGCGGGCAUCUUAACCUGGAAUGCCUCUACGCCCCGAAUUGUUGCAAUGGGAACUUUAAGGAAUCAGAUGAAUAUCGAUCAAUGAAAGACCAGAUUGGCACGCUGGAGGGACAGGUCAACACUCUUUUCUCGAAAUUGAACGAGCUGAGUUCGCAAAGGGCGUCACCACUAGACUCGGCUCCUUUCGAGCCAUUCACCGGUAACAGCGCCCAUGCAGAGUCUCUUUCGCCCGCUCAAGCACUGCCUGCGUCUCUAAAUCGCAUGCGAUCCAAGCACCCCCGCUUCCACGGCCCGACAAGCUCGGCUUUCAAUUUUGACGUGGCUAGAUCUAGCCUUGAGCAUAUGGGGAUUGCGCCUAAUGAAGAUGCAAUGCACGAUGACCUAACCCCUAUUCCACCUGAAACGCCCCAACUCGAUCUCAACCAAGCAACGACAUCGCAAAUAGUUGCAAUGUUUCCUUCCAAAGACCCGAUAUGGUUCAUCCGACGAGAAGAAGCUAUCCGUUUAUGCAAAGUAUAUGAAGAGGAAAUCGGUUUGAUGUAUCCUAUAUUCGACAUUGACAAGGUCAUUGCACGAACAAAUCUACUUUAUCAUUUCCUAGAAGCAGCCCAUAGAACAGGGUUUGCAAAACGUCAUGUUCCAGGGUUAGAUGGUGUACAGGAUGAUGACACGCUUAACCUCAAGAUGAUACUAGCUACAACAUUGGUGCUUGAAGGGAAUGGGCAAAGCAACCUUGCACAACGCUUAUUCGAGAAUGUCAAGCCGAUCUUUUACGCUAAGAUGCUAGAACCUGUCGAUGUCAAAUCUGUCCAGCUACUUACAAUUGUUGCGACGUACUACUUUCACACAUACAAUGAUAUCAUGUCAUAUCGCAUAAUCGGAUUAGCUGCUCGAAUGUGUCUUGAGCUGGGAUUACAUCGUCGCGAUGCUAUUAUGAAAACCUUUCCAGUCGAGGCCGAUUGGCCACGAAUCACUCGACUAUUUUGGUCUGUGUACAGCCUUGACCGGCGAUGGAGCUUUGGUACAGGUUUGCCGUUUGUUAUCCAAGAUGAUGAUAUUGAUCCGAGCCUCCCAGAACCUGAUGAUUCGCUGCCGUAUUUGAGGAGUAUGGUUGCUUAUGGCCGUCUUAGCUCAAAAAUAUGGUACUCCGGUCUAGGUUAUGAAGGUUCAACGGAUGUGAAGAGAGAAGAAAUUGGGUUUUUGGACUACCAGGUGUGUCAGUGGUACAAGCAUGUACCGGAGAGUGUCAUGCUUCCAUCGGAUUCCACCAGCAAUGGCAACCCAACCAGUCGCCCAGUCAGUCGAGGAAUGCAACGACUGCGGGUGCUGUUGUACUUGCGCAUGAAUCACUUGCGUAUCCUGAUCUUUCGACCAGUCUUGCAUUCUUCGUCGAGCAUUGUCGAACACCGAAACUAUGCUCAAACUGUUGUUGAUAUCGCAAAAGAUACCAUUCGAGUUUUGACUCGACUAAACCAGACCUCUGAUAUUUACAAAACCCAGCAAAUCUGUUUCAAUUAUUUCUUGGUGGCCGCUCUCGCCGUUUUAUUUCUUGCCGUCUGUCAUGCCCCCACCGAAUUUAACGAACAGGCCCGGGAUGAAUUUUACAUGGCAUUGAAUCUUGUCAGCGAGUUCACUACCAAAUCUUACAUAUCAAAGCGACUGUGGAAUACUAUCAAAGGAGUUCGCAGGAUUGCCGAGAAGCUGGGUGUCUUUGGACGAAACAUUGGAACGGAUGGCAAUGAUCCUCAUUCCAACGCGGCUGUUGCAAUGGCCGGACUCGCGGGACAUCCAAUCGAAGACAUGUCGGUGUAUGAGGGUUUGGGGCCAAUAUCCGAGCUGGGCAACAGUCCGAUGAAUGGACUUCAAAUGAGCCAUGAACUUACGAAUCUUUUUGAAGCUGUUGGGGCAUCGGGCUCAUUCGGACCAGACAACUUCAACACAUUCGUCCCCCACGACACCGACAUACAAAAUUCUGGCGAAGGCUUAGCUGGUGUACUCAGUAGCGACGCAGAAUUCUCUCGCGUGCUCAGAAAUCUCAUGUGA